UUAAAAGCCCAACAGAAUAAUCAGUUUCUUUUGCAGAAGAGAGAGUCUCCCAUCCUGGCUUAUUAGAGAGAAUCGGGUACAAAAAUUCAAGAGGAAAAGUUAAGGAGGCAAUACCAUCUUCUCACCCAUAAAGAGUUGUAGUUUUUUUGUCUGCAAUUUGAACAGUUUCACACGCAAAAGGAGGAAGGAAAGAGGGGGUCAUGUGGUGAACUGAUAUCAUUUUAAGGGAGCAGAAGGGAGUCCCUGAUGAGAUGAUGCUGAGUUUGCAAUAGUUUUGCAUGGGGAGCAACAGAAUUGCACAGCCUGGUUUAUCAGAACCAGAGCCUUCUCAUCAGCAUCUGGUCUACGGCGGGACUCUUCAUGGAAUCCAUCCUUCACAGCCCAGCUUCAUAGAUGAACAUGGAGCCGCUUAUGGAUUUGGGGAGCUGGAGGAGGCCUUCAUGCCAAAGAUUCAUCAUGGAGUAGGCAUAGGAGACGAUGGAGACAGAAAGCCAUUCUUAGGCGGUAGACCUCCAACUCUGGACAUCUUUCCUUCAUGGCCAAUGAGGUUUCAACCACCACCGGGGACGAAUUCCCGGUCAGCAGAGAGUACAGAUUCGGGAUCUGCUCAGAAUACGGCCUCCUGCAGAGCAGCAGACGCUCAUUUUGAAUCAGAGUCUCCCAUGAGUAGUAGAAAAGCGUCCGACCAAUUACCGCCAGGGCACCAACCUAACCCAAGACCGGCGGAGAUGGCCUUUGAUCCUUCUUCCCGGACCCCAACAGCAGCUCCCGGCAACCAAUUGAAGCCUCCGGACAAGAAGAAGGCAGCUUCCUCGAGUUCGGAGAAGGAUGGUUCGAAGAUAUCGGACGCCAAGACCUUGAGACGGUUAGCUCAGAAUAGGGAGGCGGCAAGAAAAAGCCGGCUAAGAAAGAAGGCUUAUGUGCAGCAGUUAGAGAACAGUAGGAUAAAACUGAACCAGCUAGAGCAAGAACUCCAAAGGGCAAGAUCACAGGGUCUUCUCUUGGCAGGAGCUGGUGGUGGGAAUCUUAGCUCAGGUGCAGCAAUCUUUGACAUGGAACACUCAAGAUGGCUGGAGGAGGACCAGCGGCACAUGUCUGAGCUCCAGGCCGGAAUCCACGCUCACUUGCCGGACGGCGAGCUCCGGGUGAUCGUCGACAGCUGCCUCUCACACUAUGACGAGAUUUUCCGCCUCAAAGGCAUCGCCGCUAAAACGGAUGUCUUCCACCUGUUCUCAGGCAUGUGGAAGACUCCGGCAGAACGCUGCUUCCUUUGGAUGGGCGGAUUCCGGCCAUCUGAUCUCCUCAAGAUCCUGGUACCACAAUUGGAGCCGUUGACGGAGCAGCAGUUCUUGGGGAUCUGCAGCCUCCAACAGUCGUCCCAGCAGGCGGAGGAAGCGCUGUCACAGGGACUCGACUCGUUGCAGCAGGCGCUCGCCGAGACCAUCGCCGCCGGCUCUCUCAGCCACGGACCGGACGCCGGCAACUACAUGGGUCAGAUGGCCAUAGCCCUCGGCAAGCUUGCCAAUUAUGAAGGAUUCGUCCGACAGGCUGACAAUCUCCGGCAGCAGACCUUGCACCAGCUUCGCCGGAUUCUGACAAUCCGGCAGGCCGCCCGCUGCUUUCUGGCGAUCGGUGAAUACUACAGCCGUCUAAGAGCUCUGAGCUCUCUAUGGGCCUCUCGCCCAAGGGAGGCAAUGAUAUCAGAGGCACACGUAGUGCCGUCUGCAACUGAUCUUCAGAUGGUGCAGGUCCAACACCCAGAGAACCAUUUCGGUUUCUGAAACUGAGACGAUGAAUUCCCAGAGUGGCACCACGGAAUCCUCGUUUUUUGGGGAGGAACAGGUAGGCCAAGGGUCGGCAACGGGAAAAGAAAAAGAAAAGAAGAAGAAUUGAUGGAAUCAGAAACAAACAGGAAAGGGAAAUACAGAAUAAACAGGCAGAAUUGGUGGCUGCCCGUGUAGGAUGGAAAGGGAAAAGGAAAAAUUUGUAUUUCUUUUUUCCUUUUGUAGGGAAGGAGGAGUUGUAAUUUUUUCUUUCUAGUUUUUCUCUUUUGUAGGUCUCCAUUCCUUGAAGGAUGGUGGAAAAGAAAUACAAAAGAACUUGUUGAAGCUGUCUA